CCAAAACCCGGCACGCCCCAACCCCCACCCCCCCUGCAGGGGUGACAGCCCCCCCCAAAUUUUACUGCACCCCCAAAAUUACAGCUUUAAUCGUCUUCUUCCUCCUCCCCUCCUCCUCUUCCUCCUCCUCCCCCCGCCCUAAAUCCGCCUUCCCACGGAGCGAGGUGGAAAACAGGCCCGUACGAAGCCGGGGAAAAAGGGGGGAAAACAGGGAAAAAAAGAGGAAAAAAGAAGAAAAAAAGGGACAAAAAAAAAAAAAAAAAAAAGAGACGGGAAGAGGAUAAAAGAAAGGGCAGGUAAAAAAAAAUUAAAAAAAAAACAAAAAGGAAAAGGGGAGAAGGAAGACGAGAGAAGCGAAAGAGGAGCGCGGAGGAAUUAAAAAAAAAAAGAGGAUUAAAGAGGAAAACAGAAGGGGAACAGAGGGAAAAGCGGGAGAAAAAAGAAGGAAGAAGAAAGAAAAAGAAGGAAAAGGGAUUAAAGGAGGCAAGAAGAAGGAAAAAAAAACAGGAAAAAAGGGGUUUCCAGAGGGCCCAAGACCCCAGCUGUGGCAGGAUUUAGGGGCUCAGAAGAUUCCUGGCUGAGGUUUGGGAUGCGGCUGCUCCUGGACAGAGCCGGAGCAUUCCUAGGAGCCUGAUCAGAGCCGGAGCAGCGCUGGAGGGUCCCAUGGAGCAGGAGGGGACCCCCCAGCCCCCGCAGGAGGGUGUGGGUGGGGACAGAAUUCCCGGUGCUGGGGACGGAAUUCCCAAUGUUGGGGACGGAAAUCCCGAUGUUGGGGAUGUGAUUCCCGAUGCUGGGGACGCAAUUCCCAAUGUUGGGGAUGCAAUUCCCGAUGCUGGGGACGGAAUUCCCGAUAUUGUUGACAGAAUUCCGGGUGCUGGGGAUGCAAUUCCCAAUGCCGGGGACGGAAUCCCCAGUAUUGGGUUCAUAAUCCCCGGUGCUGGGGGCACAAUUCCCAGUGCUGGGGACGGAAGCCCCAGUCUUGGUGACGGAAUUCCCGAUGUUGGGGACGCGAUUCCCGGUAUUGAGGGCAUGAUUCCCGGUGUUGGGGACGGAAUUCUCGGUACUGGUGACGGAAUUCCUGGUACUGGUGACAGAAUUCCCGGUGUUGGGGACGCAAUUCCCAGCGCUGGUGACGCAAUUCCUGGUACUGGUGACGGAAUUCCUGGUGCAGGGGACAGAAGCCCCGGUACCGGCCGGGAGAGCCCUGCCCCGGCUGGGGAAGGUGUCGGAGGUCGAUCCGGGCAGCGGGAAGGGGUGUCCGGCCCCGAGGGACCCCCGGGAAACUCCCCCGAGGAGCAGCCCCUGCAGGAGGAGGGGUCCCCGGCGGCUGCUGCCCCCCAGCCCGUCCCGGGAGCCGUGGCCGAGCCCCCCCGGGCCCAGCCCCCUGCCCGGGCCGAGGAUUUUUACUGCGUGAAGUGGAUCCGCUGGAAAGGGGAGCGGACGCCCAUGGUGACUCAGAGCGAGAACGGGCCCUGCCCGCUCCUGGCCAUCAUCAACAUCCUCCUCCUGCAGUGGAAGGUGAAGCUGCCCCCGCAGAAGGAGGUGAUCACGGCUGAGGAGCUGAUGGCACACUUGGGGAAUUGCAUCCUGGCCACCCAACCCCGGGACACCUCGGAGGGGCUGCAGCUGAACUUCCAGCAGAACAUCAGUGACACCAUGACGGUCCUGCCGAAGCUAUCGACGGGGCUGGAUGUCAACGUGAGGUUCACAGGGGUCUCAGAUUUCGAGUACACCCCCGAGUGCAUCGUCUUCGACCUCCUCAACAUCCCACUCUACCACGGCUGGCUGGUGGACCCCCAGAGCCCAGAGCAGGUCCAGGCCGUGGGCAAGCUCAGCUACAACCAGCUGGUGGAGAAGAUCAUCACCUGCAAACACGCCAGCGACUCCGGCCUGGUGAGCGAAGGGCUGGUGGCCGAGCACUUCCUGGAGUCCACGGCGUCGCAGCUGACGUUCCACGGGCUAUGCGAGCUCACGGCCCAUGCCCGCGAGGGCGAGCUCGGUGUCUUCUUCCGCAACAACCACUUCAGCACCAUGACCAAGCACAAGGGCCACCUUUACCUGCUGGUGACGGACCAGGGCUUCCUACAUGAGGAGCGGGUGGUGUGGGAGAGCCUGCACAGCGUGGACGGGGACAGCUGCUUCUGUGACGCUGAGUUCCACCUCAGCCACCCACUGGGCAAGGAGGGGGCCACCGUGGCCCCCCCGGACCACCGGCUGCAGCAGAGACAAGUGGACCAGGAUUACAUGGUGGCCCUGUCCCUGCAGCAGGGGCUGGACACCCCCUCCGUGCUCAGCGACCUGGAGCUGGCACGGCAGCUGCAGCACGAGGAGUACCAGCAGCACCAUCCUCAUCCUCAUCCUCAUCCUCAUCCUGCUCCUCCUCAGCUGCUCCCAGCAGAGGCGGGCGGGCGUCCGGCUGGAGAGCGGCGGCAGCGGCAGAGGCCGGAUUUGGACUGCACCCUCCUGUAGCACCUCGUGCCCAUGGGGUCCCCACACCCGCAGCCCCCCCAGGUCCCCACUCUGCGUCCCCAAGGGAGAUCCUCGGGGGUCUCUGUGGGCUGGAGUGGACACACGGAUGAGGGGUGACCAUCUGAGGCCACCGUCAGGACCACCCCAAACUUCCCAGUGGCCUUAACACAGGGGGGUCCCACUCAGGGGGAACCCCCUCAUGGGGGUUCCCACACCUCAGUCCGUGCUCUGAGACACGGGUGGACGUGCCGACGGGGACAUGGGCACCCCCCUGUUCAAAAUGUGGCCUUAGCCCUUGGCAAGUAAAGGACUUGUCCCCCUGCA